UGAUGUGAUAAGGGGCUCGUUACCCGCUGAUAAAAACAGAACAAAAGGGAAGUACAUCUGAGAGCGGGGUUGUUUCAUUUGCGUCCACCAUUCUUUCAUCGUGGAUGUAAACAUACUACCUAAAUACCCAACUCUCAGUCGACUGAAACAUGUCUAAACUACAGUCGUUUCGUGUGUUUUUAAAUGAGCGUUUAACGGCGGCAGCUGUGGAGAUUUUCGGGGCAGUUGAAGAAACAGUAGCGGACUACCAGGAGGAGAAUGAUCGGCUACGGAGACUGCUGCGGAUCACACCGGAAAUACAACUAUGUAGAAUAGAUUCCCUGCAGCUCUCUCUCGCUGUCUCUGAAGAGAAGGUUCUCCCUGAGCAGCAGCACUGUGAGCAGGAGUGGAGCCCCAGUCUGGGGCAGGAGAACCCAGAACAUCCACAGAUUAAAGAGGAACAGGAGGAACUCAGGACCAGUCAGGAGGAAGAGCAGCUUCAAGGGCUGGAGGCUGAUAUCAUAGAGUUCAAAUUCACUCCUUCCUGUGUGAAAAGUGAAUGUGAUCAGGAGGACCCACUUCAAUCCAUGACUCUUCACCAAACCCAGACUGUGGAGAACAGAGAGAGUGACCCUAAACAAGUGGAUCUCACACCUUUUGUUACUGUGACCCACCUUAAGGGUCUCCACAUUCCCUGUGACCUUCCAGAUAAUCACAACGGUUCUUCCAGCCAAUGCUCAGCCGUAAGCAGAAACCCAGUAGGACUUAACAGCAACCCGCCAUUGGAUCCCAGCUCAUCAUUGAAUCCAAACCCAUCAAUAGAUGAACACUGUUCCAAACCCAGAACCACGCUUAGAAAAACUCGCCACUGCCGUGACUGUGGUGAAAUGUCUGCUCUGAAAGCUGACCUGCAGAGGCAUUUGACUCUCUCCAAGAAGAGACUCGGCGAAUGCCGCUUCUGCAGAAAACGAUACAACUCCACCUGUAAACUGAAGGCCCAUGUCCACUUCUGUCAAAGUGGAAAACUCUGCACCUGUUCUGUUUGUGGCAAGACCUUCAAACUCAAAGGAGAUCUGUCCAAGCACAUGAGGAUUCAAACAGGGGAGAAACAAUUUAAGUGUGGCGACUGUGGGAAAAGGUUCAAUCAUAAGGAACACUUAACAGUGCACAUGGUGACUCACACAGGAGAGAAACCAUUUAGCUGUGAUGCUUGUGGGAAAAGCUUUAGUCAGAAAGGGUCCCUAAAGAAGCAUACACUGACUCACACAGAAGAGAAACUAUUAAGCUGUGUUGACUGUGGGAAAAUGUUCAAUCGUAAGGAACACUUAGCCAUACACAUGGUGACUCAUACAGGAGAGAAACCAUUUAUCUGUGACGACUGUGGGAAAAGCUUCAGUCACAAGGGGUCCCUAAAGAAGCAUACACUGACUCACACAGGAGAGAAACCAUUUAGCUGUGACGACUGUGGGAAAAGCUUCAAUCAGAAGGGGAACCUAAAGAACCAUCAACUGACUCACACAGAAGAGAAACAAUUUAGCUGUGAUGCUUGUGGGAAAAGAUUCAGUCAGAAAGGGUCCCUAAAGAAGCAUACACUGACUCACACAGGAGAGAAUCUUUUUAGCUGUGACGACUGUGGGAAAAGCUUCAAUCAUAAGGUGAACCUAAAGAACCAUCAACUGACUCACACAGGAGAGAAACCAUUUAUCUGUGAUGCUUGUGGGAAAAGCUUCAGUCAGAAAGGGUCCCUAAAGAAGCAUACACUGACUCACACAGGAGAGAAUCUUUUUAGCUGUGACGACUGUGGGAAAAGCUUCAAUCAGAAGGUGAACCUAAAGAACCACCAACUGACUCACACAGGAGAGAAACCAUUUAGCUGUGAUGCUUGUGGGAAAAGCUUCAGUCAGAAAGGGUCCCUAAAGAAGCAUACACUGACUCACACAGGAGAGAAUCUUUUUAGCUGUGACGACUGUGGGAAAAGCUUCAAUCAGAAGGUGAACCUAAAGAACCACCAACUGACUCACACAGGAGAGAAACCAUUUAGCUGUGAUGCUUGUGGGAAAAGCUUCAGUCAGAAAGGGUCCCUAAACAAGCAUACACUGACUCACACAGGAGAGAAACCAUUUAGCUGUGACGACUGUGGGAAAAGCUUCAAUCAGAAGGUGAACCUAAAGAACCACCAACUGACUCACACAGGAGAGAAACCAUUUAGCUGUGAUGCUUGUGGGAAAAGCUUCAGUCAGAAAGGGUCCCUAAACAAGCAUACACUGACUCACACAGGAGAGAAACCAUUUAGCUGUGAUGACUGUGGGAAAAGCUUCAUUCAGAAGGGUCCCUAAAGAAGCAUACACUAACUCACACAGGAGAGAACCAUUUAGCUGUGCUGAUUGUGGGAAAAGCUUCACUCAAAAGUUUAAUUUACUGACGCAAAAAAAAUCCAUAAAAGCGGUGUUGAAGGAAUUUAAUUCCUCUGUUGUAAUUCCCAAUUAAAAUGAAACACACUGUCAAUUCAUAAGAAUUUGUAAGACCCUUAUUUUAUAGGAAUGGGCAGAGCCCGGUCUUAAAAGUCAAGUAUCAGCCUUUAAUCAAGAGAGUACUGCUACAAUACAGGUUACCUCAGGUUAUAAACUGAAAAUGACGUCCUUAGUUCCAGCCCCAAUCCGUGCCAUAUCCGUUCCAGUACAAAGGCUGUCUCUCCAGCCUUCCCACAUCCGCCUCCCUACCAAUUUAAUAUAAUUUAUGACUCGAGGCCUUUUCGAGUAGAUAAGCAUUCAAGUAGCAGUCUGAAGAUUUGUACCAAGGAACAGACAGUCAUUGUUCUAACUUUUGCCCACGUUCACAUGUAACAGGUUAAAGGAAAUAUUCAUAGCCUGUUA